AUGUGGCACUGUCCGCAGCAAAACAGGCCCGGCAGUCAACAAGUCAAGUCACAAGGGGGGGCGCGUCGUCUUGCUUCUGGUGGUGCCGAGCCCAACUUAGUGGUACCUAGCGAGUGGCUCCCUUCUCAGUCUCAGCUGCCCUCCGGCUCUCUGCCUAAGGUACAGGGGGGUUGUGUGUGUGUGGGUGGGUGGCUUCUUGAGCACCUUGUUCUCCAGUUCUCCAGGCUCAAACCAUUCAGAGUGGAAAGGCUCAGGCCCACAGCGAUUGGCUGUGUGUUUACAGAUCGAUGGAGCCCGGCCAUUUUGCUUCUCCUCCGAUGA